UGCAGGAUUUAAUUUCCUUCUGCUUAGUUGUGAUCAGAGAAGAAAGAUUACCUAUAUGUACUAACCAAGGAAUGAUAUUGCCCUUCAGUUUAUGAAGCUACAAACAAGUUGUUACAUAGCCCCAGCAACUAUCUAAUAUUCAGGGCCUUGUGGGAUCACUUCUAUUGAAGAAAGUACAAGUGAUGUGGCUCACACUUGCCUUUGAUAUCUGGGUUAGUUUACAAAUACAGAAAGCCUUUUCUCCUUGUCCCACAGAAGGACUGAGCAGCAGGUGGUUUUGUUGCUCACCACUUCCAGAUUGCAGGGACAAGAAUUCUGCAGCUGCAGCACAAGAGGUACCAAUGGGCCACAAUGUGCCAGAGGGUCAGGCUUUGCCCAGCACUCACCUGAGGCAGAGGAGGGCAGGACAGAUGCUGGAGAGCAGAUGCUCUCCAGCAACACAACAUUGGUGUUGUGCAGACCCUUGCUGGGAUGAUGGCAGCUGGGUUUUGUGCUGGCCAAGCUGUCAGGAUGGGGUGAUGAAGAGUCUUGCUUCAAUGCCUUGUCCUUGCCAGACUGAUCUGGCUCCUCUGCUGCUGCUCAGGAGAGUAUUUUGGGAGCAACUGCAAAAGAUCUGGCUGCACCCUCAAGACAAUACACAAGGUCUGACUCUCCUUACACUAAACUGGGUGAAAAUUUACUCAUGCUAACAUGGUUAAAUCUGUGCAAAAUUGGGGUAGGGAGAGAUGAGAUGCUCAAUGCAGUGCAAAUCAGUGCCAAUGCUUUGGCAACGGCUGCAGGGACAUAGCUGGAUGUCCAGAGAAAGUGCAUCCUAGAGGCAGCCCUGGCCCUCUCACUCCGCCAUGGGUCAGUGGACCAGAAACACAAAGGCACUCAGAGGUUUCUGAAGGGUGGAAAUUUGCUCAUACUGCUCGCAUCUGGUGUUUGCUCAAGGGGAAAAACAGCACAGCAGGAAGAUGCUUGAGGCUGCUUCUGGAGAAAAGCUUAUCUGUGCCUCACACUUUACAACAUGCAGCUUUUUGAGAAGAGAAAAAAAAAAAUCAGGACUAAUGCUGCCUCUGAAUAGACGUCCUUGAUAAUGCAGCUAAACUAUAACUGAGGAAGAAAGAAGUGUGAAGGACAGAAAAACAAGAUGUUGGUGCUGUCUAAUCACACAACUCUGAAUUCACUUCUCUCCAAGCUGCUUCAAGACUAUCUGGAGCAGACAAAUAGCUCUGCACCUUCCCAGGUUGGAAGUACCAGCAGCAAGUUGGAAAUCAUCUACCUGCUUAUGAUGGUCGGCCUCUUUGGCUUCUUUGCAGUGGGAGUCAUGCUGACCAACAUCCGCGUCAGGAGGCUGGAGGACUCCCGUGACCACUACAACACCUACAUUGCCACAGACAUUUGGCACAAGAAGGACAGGGAGUAUUUUCAAGCCAAGCUCAUAGAAAAUUACAAGCUGUGCUGUGUCUUCGAAAACCAGCUGGCUGUGGAGCAGCCAAACACGCAGAUUCCAGAAGCUAAGUCUUCCUAGCAAAAUGGGAGAAAGGACUGCACUUUGCACAGGGACCACUCGACCGAUACCUGGUAUGAACCAGGCUGACUGCUUGCCCAUCUGCAAAGCCUCGGGCACUGCCCUUGAUCAGACUGAAUAACCAUGAACUGAUGGUGAAGCUGAUGGGUCUGUGAUGGCCCUGGUACUGCAAAAGUGCCUGGCCACCAGCACCUUAUUGUAGUCUCUGUAAGGUCAAGGAGAGCUGGGGAAACACAGUGGGAGUAUCAUGGACUCAUCGGCUUCAUCUAGCAAAAAAAGCAAAUGUUGGCUUUGCCAGUGUGAAUGCUUGCUGUAGUCCAUGUAAUUAAAACCAAAUUGGAUCAAAGACAAGCUACAAGCAUUAACAGCCAAGUAUAAUUUAGGCACAAGACCAGCUUCUUCCAAGAAACAGUAGAUGAAAUAUUCCAUUUGCAUUUUUGUUCAGCAUAGGAUUAUCAUUUUAUGAAUUGUACAAAGAUGUGGAUCACCUAUUUCUUUCAGAAUCAUACACUGCUUCGAGAAAAAAAUUAGAAAAAAGAUUCCCAUUUUUUUUCUGAAAAACACUUAUGUUCAAAAUUGCAGGCUUUGCAUGGAAUUUUUUUAGUGGCUGUCCCUAAUUCCUAGCAGGUACCACAGACCAGUCUUGCUGACUACUUUUGGUUUUCCUUCUCCUGGAUAGGGGUUGAUUCUGGCAUCAACAUCCACCCUUGCAUAAAGAUUCAGCAGCCCACAGGGUCUAUGUCAUGCAAGUGUGUAAUGAUUCAAGAGUUCACAGUAUCACAGUAUCACAGUAUGUUUGGGAUUGGAAGGGACCUCAAAAGAUCAUCUAGUCCAAUCCCCCUGCUGGAGCAGGAACACCUAGGUGAGGUCGCACAGGAACAUGUCCAGUCGGGUUUUGAACGUCUCCAGAGAAGGAGACUCCACAACCCCCCUGGGCAGCCUGUUCCAGUGCUCUGACACCCUCACUGAGAAGAAGUUUUUUCUCAAAUUUAAGCGGAACCUCUUGUGCUCCAGCUUGAUCCCAUUACCCCUUGUCCUAUCAUUGUUGGCCACCGAGAAGAGCCUGGCUCCAUCCUCAUGGCACUCACCCUUUAUAUAUUUAUAAACAUUAAUGAGGUCCCCCCUUAGUCUCCUCUUCUCCAAACUAAAAAGCCCCAGCUCCCUCAGCCUUUCUUCAUAAGGGAGAUGCUCCACUCCCUUAAUCAUCUUGGUUGCCCUACGCUGGACCCUCUCCAGCAGUUCCCUGUCCUCCUUGAACUGAGGGGCCCAGAACUGGACAGAAUAUUCCAGAUGUGGUCUCACCAGGGCGGAGUAGAGGGGAAGGAGGACCUCUCUCGAUCUACUAGCCACCGCCCUUCUAAUACACCCCAGGAUGCCAUUGGCCUUCCUGGUUUCAAUCACAGUUAAUUAUUGCACAAGACCUAAGUGCUAGCCCUCAGUUAGAAAGUGAGUUUCCACUCCAUGAAGAGCACUUCCACAAAGUGUCUGAUAUUUGAUCACUGGUGCAGCUUAUGUCUGUGUUUAACUUAAAGCCCAUGAGCAGUUUUCCAGCUCCUGAGAGCAGCCUCUCCCGGUAGAGCUGUUUUAUCUACUGCAGGACGCAAUGAGAGGUCCAUGCCAGCAAGGUUCUCCUGCCCUUGGCCUCCUUACCCACUCCUUGGGCGGGCCGUGUCUGCCGAGCUGCGGGGGGACGGCGGCAGACGAACUCAGCUUCUGCAGCAGCAGCUAUCAGCUGUCUCUGUCAAAAGAGAGAAAUACGGCUCCCCUGGACAUUGCGUUACUCAAAAUAGCAACCUCGCCAGCUUGAAGCCUGUCUUCUUGUUUUGGAUCAAAGAAGCAAUGGUCCAGGCAGGAGGGUUUUUUUAAUUUCCACUCCACAAAUACACAUCCCAUUUUUAGCUACUGGAGAGGAAAGAGAAGUGGGAAAGGCUUGAAAGAAAGUCACACAGGCAGCCACUUCAAAGGCAAGGCGAGAGCAGAUAGCUACCCAUGUAUUUGGAUAGGCAAGGAAUACAAGUCACAACAUAUCCCUUUUCCAUGCAUAGGUACUUCUUUAGUAUUGUACUUCCAUUAAAGUAAUAUUCCAGCCAUGUUUGUGUUCCCAGGAUACUUAGGACAGAUAAAAAUGCAGGGUUUUUUGUUGUUGUUUUGUUUUUGGUCUUGUUUUUUUCUUAAAGAUAUUUAUGUGGUGCCUACCAUUAAGCUGAGGGCAAGAUACAUGUUUGUGCUGUCUUGAACAGCUUGGAAAAUCUCCAUCAGCUUAAUUAUCUAAGUGAGUUUUGCCUCUAGAGGAAUGUAAACCAAAGCCAAGCUUUGGAAAAAUAUUGACUUCUCAGACUGGGCACUGCUCUUUUGGGAUCUCACAGUGCAGUCUGUUUAUUACUUGCAUUUUCCUCCCUCUGUGAGAGUGCAAAUGCUCUUGCUUGCUGUUUCUCCAGAGGCAGGCCUGUACAGCAUUGCUGAAAAUGUUUAAACUUGUGUCAAAAAUGGCCCUUAAUUACAUUACAACCUUUGAACAUUAAGCUUGUCAAAAGGGCUCCCUCCUGCAGCUCCCCUCACACCCCAGGUGUUCUCAGGUAUUUACAGUCUAGGAACUUGCUGGUCACCUUGUUGCAAUAGCUCAGUGUAGUUAUUUGUGAAAAGAAUUUUGUCAGCAUUAGUUGGCUUCUAUUUUUAAUUUUUUUUUCUAGCUCUGCCAUUUUAUUUAUUUAAAGAAGAGGGGAAUCACUGUGCCCUAGUCAUAAUGCUUUCCUGUGCCAGCAGGCUACAAAUCACCCUUCAGUGGCAGCUCCAGACUCCCACCAUGGGCUUUGCCAUUACAUUUCAGGCUUGUAGUUCUCUUUUUCCCCCUAUUUUUUUCACUUACACAAAGCAAUAAAAUCUGAAUGACAAACUUC